AUGAAGCGGAGGCACCGAGUGCGUGUCAAGCCAUGGAUGGCGCUGGUCUUUAUUUUGGUGAAGUUGAUGGGGGCCUUUGUGCCACCACCGCAGGUGGCAUCAGCGAGACUGCGGGGCCUCAUUGAGCGUCCUCAAUUUAUUGGGUCUAGCAUUGUGAAAGAGGAUUUGCGCCCACGCUCGACCCAUUGCAGAGCUUUGGAUGUGAGGGUCUGGCAAGUCAUUGUUUCUGCUUCGGGUCUUGUUGUAGCGACAAUACAGGCAGUGCGGGCAGUCAGGGACUCAGUGCGGACAUUCAAAGCCUCUUCCGAGGGCAAAAUCCGAGCAGCAGUGGCAAAGGCCAUGAAACCUUUUGAGCCCAGCAGGCCGCAAGACGAGGUCAUCCAAAGGCCAGUGAUGGGAACUAUCCGGAAACGCGUUGAGAGCUGGCAACAACAUGCGACCAUCAUUGGUGGUCGCUAUCAGUCCGGCAAGUCGGUGGCAACAGAAGAAGCCUUGCGCGGGGUGCGAGGUGUUGUGCGAUUCAGCAUCGAGAGCGCCGAUUGGAAGAGGAUGAUGUUCGAGGAACUUAAAGUGGAGAACAGUGGUCUGUUCAAAGAGAUGAUGCGCCGAGUGGGCGAGAAGCUCAAGGACUUUCCCGACAACCUCACCAAGUAUCCCGUUCUCCUCCUCGACAUCCCUCGUACAACCAUUGAAGGCAUCGAUCGAGUCUCUUCUACAGCGAAGGAUGUGGCGACGGACAAAAUCGGCUGUGCCAUACAUGUGAUUGUAUCAGCCUCUUCGGCGGCAGCGGCGCUGGCUUUCGAUGCUGGUGGAUUGGAAAGGCAGGAAGACAUUUGGGUUGGCGACUUGACCGAGCAGGAAGCGAAGGAGUUUUUGGCACUGCAUGGGCAUGAGAAGAAUUGGAAAGACUUCGUGGAUGCUUGUGGCUUGCGGAUUGGCGACUUGGUGAAGGCCUGUGAGAAUCUGAAGAAAGGAAUGUCAUUGGACGACACGAAGCAAGAAUGUCAGCGACUUGCUACUGUGGAAAUUGUCCGCUUCAUGGAGCUUCAAGUGCACCCCAAGGUCACGGGGCGCGAGAUGGUGAAAGAGCUCCUCAAAGUUUAUCCUGAAGGCAUCCCAGAGGUUUCAAACGGCAUCAGCAUCCUCCCAAGGGAGGUUGCCGCACUAAUUCGCAACAAGAGUUGUCAUGCUGUGUAUUUUCACCCUAUCAAGAAGCGCUUCUUUUUUGCCUCCAAAUUGCAUAAGGAGGCCGCUGAAGCGCAACUGGCAAAUCCAUGA